AUGAGGCCGCAGGAGACCGCGUCGUCUCCUGCAUUUCCUCACUUGGAUCCCAUUGUGCUGGAUGUCGAUAUGAACAGUCUGUACCACGAUGGCGACAUGGAAUUCUUGAACAACGGCGAUUACCAACAUGCCUCCAAUGGCUCCGGUAGAGAUUUGGAUGGAUUCUUUCCUCCCGCGGCGGAGUCCCGGAACGGGAACAGCGUCGAAUCGUCCGCAUCUCCAGCUGGGUUUAACGGCAAAAAACUGCCAACACAGGGCCCCGGGUCUUUGAAGAGACCUCAUACACUUGCUCUAGACUCGUCGUCGGAUUCCCCGGGAGACAAUUCAAGCCCCGGUUCAUCGUCAGACUCGCCCAGAGAUCACGGCCGGAAUUCGUCUGUUGGCUCGGCAAUUCACAGCGAAAGCGCCAUUAAUUUCGAUGCAGACGGAUGGCUGAACCCUCAAGCCUUUUCUGAUAGACAAGACAACCUGUUUGGCUUGGAUACCUCCAUGGAUGGCUUUAACCCGCAUUUCGCCGAUAUCGAGUCCAGUAAUCGAGUAAUGGACUCGGCAUUUGAUUUUGAAAGCGCCGCGAGCAGUCCUACUCCAUUUUCUACAGAGGGAAUAUUCUUCUCGGGAACCUCUAAAAAGAAGGCGCGCGCUUCAGCCGCUGCUACAAAUCACCAUAAUCAGUACAAAGCUCCGAGCAUGAGCCAAAAUUCCUCCGGUUCCCCUUUCUAUUCUGUUAGCUCAAGAGAGGCAUCGCCAAUGACGUCGAAACUCCCCCCUCAUGCGCGGUCGGGCUCCUCGCAAUGGAGCGGCCGUUCGCCGUCCUCCAAUUUAGACGAUAACUUUGGGAAUGUUUCUGUGAACACCGCAUCCCCCUUCAAUGGGACAUUGUCUCCGCCAAAUCUAAACUUUGUCCCCAAUGGAAUGCAAUUUGGAGCAACAGAUUAUUCUAUACCCAAUUCCGCUUCGCGAGGUCGAACACGUCCUAUCUUGCACGUCCACCCGACAUCGCUCAAGUCUCGAGUUGAAACCCAAAUUCCGAUUCGACUUACCCUGUUUCCGCUCCCUACCGGUGUACAAAAACUGCGCCUACCUACACACACUAUUUCCAAACCCAAAUUUCUUGCAAAACCCGAAAUCGGCCCAACGCCGGAGAUUCUCGAGCUAUAUACCAGUCUUGUAUGCACAAGUGCAAUGCAGGACAAGGCAAAGUUGGAAAGGGCUUUCGCAAGGGCUCGUGGCGAAGCAGUCAAAAGGGCCUCUAACGCUUCAUCGGCCAUGGAAGGAGACGAUGAGGACAAACCGUUAGAUGGUGGCGACGUGAAAAUAUGCCAGGGAUGCAUCCAGCGAGAACGGAAGCGGGCCUCAAGAAAGAAACAGAGAAAACCCGACGAGGAUGAACUUUUUCAAAAGGAUGAAGAUAAGAGAGUGAUUGUUUUCAACACCCACGAAAUCAAAGAUUGGGUUGAACCACCCAAAGACUCGUCCAUGUCCUUCACUCCGCCUGGCGCCAUGCAGGUUGAGUUGCCAAUGCGCAUAGCGUGCUAUUGUCGGCAUCAGAAUGAAAAGCUUGGCUUUCAGGUUAUUCUCACAAUCAAAGACCAUUUAGACAAUGUGGUCGCCCAAGCAAUCACCAAUUCUAUUAUGAUCACAGACGAUCAUAAGACGCACUCGGCAUCUUCGGCCGCUGUUACAGCCACAGCACCUAGCUCUGCACUUCCAGACGGUACUCAACUCCCCGGUGCUGGUGUUUUCGUUCCGGGAUCCAGUCAAGACGCAGCAAAAGCUUCAGCUGUUGCUCAACAAAACUUCCGGGCGGCUUCCACUACAGAUCUGCAGAACCUACAGCAAUUCGCAUCUCAAUACCAAAUAACGCCAGGUGCCUUUGCCAUUCCUCAACCUACUGGGUCAUCGUCGUCCUCCGCCACACCUCGCAACUUAUCCAGGCAGGCAUCACCAAUUGACCAGCCAGGACCUUCAAACAAGCGUCGAAAGCACAGCAGCUCUGGGAAGCUACCUACGGGCCUAACCAUGACAAAACUAGAGGGCUCUCAGUCAACAUCUUCCCCGAAUUCAUCUGCCGUCAACGGACAGUUUGCGUCUAGUUCUCGAGGAUUUGUCUCGCCGAGUGAGCGUCCUUUUGCUACACCAAUUGGCGUCUCUGGGCCCUUUGGAAAUGGACCACCUACUCCAAACGGCACGGACACCAAUCCCUACCUUAGCAAUUUGCAGCAAACUCAGAGUAUAGACGAACUGGCUCAAGCUAUAUCAGCCCCUGGUUCUGCUCACCCGAGUCGCCCGAAUUCGCCUGGUUUGAACUCACGUCACACCUUUGGUGAGCCAGCUCACGGCUUGUCUAUGGGUCCCAGUCCAGUCAACCAAGCCUGGCCACAUAUAACAAAUGCUGGAAAUCGUCUACCGACAAUCAUCCACAAGUUAGUUCCAGCUGAAGGCUCGACAACCGGUGGUACCGAGGUCACUCUUCUGGGCAGUGGAUUCUAUCCAGGAAUGGAAGUUGUCUUUGGAGACACUCUUGCCACAACAACGACCUUUUGGGGUGACAAGUGCUUGAACUGUCUCACGCCGCCGGCACUCCAACCUGGUCUCGUCCCUGUUGUCUUUAAACACGAGCAUCCAACUUUUGGCCAGGUUCCUCAGACUCAGCCAAUCCUUCCAAAACAACAGCACUUUUUCCGCUAUGUAGAUGAUCGAGAGCUUCAAAUGUACAGACUGGCUCUCCAAAUUCUGGGCCAGAAAUUACGAAGCCCCACCGAUGCAUUCCAAACUGCUCAACGCAUUAUGGGCGGUGACCAGGCUGCGUUGUGGAACUUGCAAAAUGACAUGCAAGGAGGCAGUAACGGGCAACGACAGGUCCCGAACUACAAUGCCCAAAACCAAACGAGUGACUUGGACUCUAAAAUGCUUACUUACCUGGAGUUUAUCGAUCUGGAUGAUAGCCCUCGUGCUCCAAGGUACAACUCACGGUCUGCCACAGGCCUAACGCUGCUACACUUUGCGUCCUCCUUGGGUUUGACAAGAUUUGUUGCUGGACUUCUUGCCAGAGGCGCAACCCCCGAUAUCCAAGAUAAAAACGGUCACACAGCGAUGCAUUUUGCAGCCUUGAGUGGACAUGCUCACAUCGUCCAUCGCCUCCGACUUGCUGGUGCUAAUGCCGGAACCAGAAGUGUCAGGGGCUUUACUCCUGCUGAUAUUGCCAUUACUCUUCCUGCUCACCAAGCUGCUCUGAUUCCUGCCAGUAAUUACCGGUCUCGCAGUGCCGGCUCGUCACCUUCUCUCCGCCGUCGCCAUAGUAGUUCCGUUUCUUUGAGCUCGCACUGGGAGACUUCUUCUGCAUCUGGCUCAUUCAACUAUGCUCAAGAGGAAUCAGAAGACGACCAGGAGACAGACUCUGAUGAAGAAGAUGUCGAGGGCUACUUUUCCUCCUCUCGCAGGUCGAGUAUGCACCAUGAUGCAACAUCUUCGCUUUAUUACACCCGAUCCAGAGAAGGAAGUGUGCAUGUUGACGGUGUGAGUGCUUCAGUAGAACACGACGUCAAGGCAGAAAGCGCCACUACACAGGCAGCUUUGGUGGCAUGGCGCAAUCAGCUAGCCACUCAAAUUAAUCAGUUCCAACAGAGCGUUGGAAGGGCUUUCCCCAACCUUCCUGCUCUUCCUCCGAUGCCUGCUUUGCCCGACUACCAAGCAUAUCCUAUGAUGCGUCGGAUUACCAAUUUGGUUCCUAACAGACCAGGCUCUUCGUGGUCGUCGAGGGAUGGAUGGUGGGACUUGCUAAGAGGAGGCAAUUCCACUCCUCCAGCGACCACUACUCAAGGACCGCCUGCUUAUGAAGAACUCUAUCCACACCAAGAAGCAGAUGAAGACCGAGACCAAGAGCUCAAGAAACACUCGGCGAUUCGCGCAGUAGCUGAAGCAGCUCUCGAUGAUCACUUCGAGGCAAAACAGUCCUCUUCAUCUUCGACCUCGACCAUGUCCAAGGACGAGAUCACCGAUAUUAGGAUAGGCCGCAAGACUAUCAUCUCCCGCGAACAGCAAGAAAAACUACGACAACAACAAGCCCUCAAGAUGAAAGGGCUUAGGAAAGAUAAGAAUCUGUACUUUUUCUGGGAGAAGCGGCAUGGUGUCUUUUAUUUUCCGGGCCUCGUUGGGAUCAUGAUGGACCCGUCAAUUGCAACCGGUUUAAACAAGGUCACUGUUGAAUGCACGGAUCCGUCCGGUCUGUUUCCAGGCGUUCAAUCGAUUCUUUCAAAGAGACUUCCGUUAAAGAACCUACACUGGAAAUCGCCAACACGGCCAGCGCGCUCCAUCGAGUCCCUAAAUGUCGACCUAGCCGUAUCCCAAGCCGCCGAAGAGAAACGAGUAUCCAAUGACACAGCAGCAGCAGCAGGAGCAGGAGCAGGAGCAGCAGCGACGACAACAACAACAACAACAUCGAGUCCCGCAGCGCCUCUUCGACGCCAUCAGAUCCCCGGAUUGCGCCAAACUCCGUAUUUAAGAAUAUACCUGCUGCGCUGUGACGAUAACGAAACGUACAAGACAUCAGCCAGAAAACUGCUGCGCGAAUGGAUCAAAGCACACUCGGCGUCGCAGCAGACGAGCGGCGCAGGACAAGGGAAUCACGAUGCGUGCGAGUGGCUGAUCUUGCAUGUCUUGCAAGACGGCGAUGCUCCUGAAAAAGCGGCUUCCAAAUGGCCUGGUCGCGGCUCGACUUCGAUUCUGGAAAAGGUCAAGGCUGAUUUCAAUGGGUCGUCCAAGGGCGCUGUGGACCGGGUAGCUCAGAUUCGACUACCCCCCAAGGAAGGGCAACAAACACAAACACAGGCACAACAGAGUCAAGAUCAGUCGGAUUUGAUAGAUCAGCUCAAUGAUUUGGUGGACAAGAUUAAACACGCCAUUCUGACUUCGUUUGAUCUGCGGGUCGCUCAGUACGAGGAAGAUAUCAAGGAAAAGGACUCUCAGAGAAGCUUGCCUGGGUGGAAUUUCUGUACCUUUUUCAUUCUCAAGGAAGGCCUGGCAAGAGGGUUUGAAAACGUUGGGUUGUUAGAGGAUGCACUCGUUGGAUAUGACGAACUCGCAGCCGGGUUGGAAAGUGCCGUGACAAGUUACCUAUCCGGCACUGGUGAUCAGCACGGCGGCGGUUUUCUCGACUUUAGCACUGAUAGAAAAGAAAAGGCAGUUGCAGCGAUUGAUGCCAUUGAAAAACAGAAAUUGGCAGACACGACAGAAAAUGAUGAGAGUGACAAAGGAAGCAACAUCGCCAAAAAACCUACACUUGACCUAGAUGAGGAGCAUUUCCCCCUAGACUCAGCCAAAAAGCCAUACAGGGAAAUGAUUUUGGCAAACAACAUAUCCAUCUUCGAUUUCCGCACCUAUGUCUUUUCUCGACAAUUGAAUAUACUACUCAAAGCCGCCAGAGCGCCGUGCUUACAGAACAAGCGGAAUUCAAACCAAGGUAGAGCGUCGAGCAGCAACAAAGGAGAAGACCUCAUUCUUCUAGCCGAAAUCUGCGAGCGAGCAAUGGAAUUCAUCAGCACGGCUGCUCGGACUCUUCGAUAUGACAUUGAAUGCGCCCUUUCAGACGUUACUGAGGCGGCGGCCGAUGUGGUGAAGAAAACAGCUGUGAUAAAUAACCUAGUCUCGUCAUGGACAUAUGCAGCAGUUUGCCAGGUCUUGUUCCAAACAACGUCGCCAUCGCUGGUAUUGCCUGAGUCACCACUACAACAAGCGAAAGGCUCCAAGGAACCAUCUGCAGUGGCCGAUACCAGGACCAAUGUUCCCAAGCGGUCAAGUUCUCUGAUUACGUCUCACGGAGAAUCGGACGGCACUCACAAACCACCGAUUGCCAAGGCUGGAAGUUCCGACCUGUCGUCCGGAAGAGGCGAGCUCUGUCAAUUAGCCAGGGGGGUUCUGGAAGAGAUUGGUGAACGUCGUGGCUGGGUCCAAAAGUGGAGCGACUUUGAUGUACUGUUCGACAAGCCUACUUCUGUUCUAGAAGAGGGCAUGGAGGAGGUUUCUCUCGAUGAUGAAACCCCGUCAAGUCAAGAACCCCAAAGCGAACCGCAAGAUCUGCCCCCAGCUUUGAGAAUGGCGGGUGUUGAUUUGCCCGUACUGAGCGACGUGCUUCGAGCGAAAGAACAGUUCUACCUUUUGAUCGAGGAAUGUACGGACCAGAUGUUCCGCCAUUACGAUGCUGCCAGCCGGACGAGGUCUGCAGAAACCGCAUUAGCAGAGAUCGCUGUGCUAAAGUUUCGUCAAGAAGAUUUCGAAACAGCGGCAGUCUUUUUCCGCAAAAUUGCGCCCUUUUAUGAAAACUGCCAAUGGCCAACGUUGGAGGGUACAAUCCUGGAGCUAUAUACUCGGUGUUUGAAAAGGCUGGGGCAAACCGAUGACUUUGUGCGUAUAUUGUUGAGGCUGUUGUCUCAAUACGCGUCUUAUAUACAGUCUGGUCUGUCCACCCGGCAGAAAUCCUCACUUGCUUCGUCGGACCUGGUCGUCCAGAGUAAUGCGCAUGGGUAUCUUGAAGAACUCUUCGAUGCCUCGGCGAAACUAACAAAGGAGCUGAACAUGCCCCUUUCAAGCUUUUUUGGUGACAUUGACGUGGAUCCUGAGAUCAAGCACUAUAGCGACCGGGACGGCUUUCAGAUGCAACUUAAAUUACGAUUCUUGCUGGGCGAUGUUAUCAAUAUCGAGUCGGUUAAAGUGAGGCUUGUCAAUGCAAGCGGCUUGCUUUCUCACGAAGUCUGGCUGGAACGUACAGAAGAAGUGGUGAUCAAGUCAUCGGCCUCGAAAUUGCUGGUUGGCUCAGCGUCUACUUUGCAAGGAAAGUACAUUGUUGACCGCAUCGAAAUGCGAGCCAAGAAUCUUGCGUUUACGUAUGGGGGAGGCAGUCAUUCCUCCGCUCUUCCGCCAGGCUUCAGAGAACCUGAAGAGUCUGAAGAAGCAACAAAACCAUAUAUAUGGUGUUACCCCGCUGCGAGCGGGCUCGACGCCAGGCUCGCAACGCCACAUUACAUCAACCUAGAGGAAUUAAGGACAGUCGAGGUUGAGAUAGACAGCGGGCGUAAUGAGAUUUCUAGUGGAGUGGUGCGCGUACGACCUGCUACAGCAGGCCUUCGGUUGCGGAUUGCAGAGGCUUCUGUAGUGGAUGGAGACAUCAGCAUGACACCGAAUCCAGAAUCCGGCAGUUUGGAGUUUACAAAUUUUUCCUCCGAGUCGUCGAUUCGGUUGCGCAUACCUUAUAGUGUCGACGAAGAGCAUACGAUGCUAUCUACGAGGUUGGAGGUUGUGUACGAAACAGAUGGCGGGCGAUUCACCUACGUUUCUACAAGCUCGAUCAUUUCGACGCUGCCUAUCAGUGUCAACGUGCAAGAUGUCUUCAAGGACGAUGUCUUGUUCUCACGGUUUACUGUGAGUCCAGCAAUGUUGAUCCCGCUGCGGGUUCUUGGGUGCAAUAUUCCAGAGUCUACGUCAUACCAAGUCGACGGCGGCGUACAAGGUCCGGUGGCCUUUGACGUGUUUCCUAAACAGCCGGCUUCUGUACUCUACAAAAUCCGGUUACGAGGGAGCGGGGCGCGUCUGUCGGAUGAUCCCAAGCGGUCAUUGCGGCUUACAGUGCAAUUUACUUGUCUGGACGAAGAGUGUCUGCUGCUGAUCAAGCAGAAGUUUGUGGCGGCGAUCACCGACAGCAAAUUCACGGCAUUGGUGCGUCUGUUGACGCCUCAUAUCGUCGAGGCUUUUCGAACACAAUUGUCGACGUCAGAUAUGGAGACUAUUGGUCUGGUAAGAGAGGUGGAAGCUCUGUCGUAUAAUCAGGUGCACUGGGAAGCGGUCUUGAGCGGUCUACGGGAGCCAUUCAGAAAGGAAGUCCGAGACUGGCUUGUGGAGUGGCAUCAGUCAAACACAAUAUUCACCUUGGGAGACCCUGACCCAGCCUUGCUGGCUCGACAAAUCGUCAUUCCCGUAGAGGUACCCGAGAUUCAGGUCGUCCACACGGCUGAACUGCGACUGUGUACAGAGAAUCUUGCCGGGCACGGGGAGAGACAACAGCUGCAUGCUGCUGCAUACGCCGCUGUUGGACACAUGAUUCCGGCAGAGCUUGUUCUACGACACACGCGACGAUGGUGCAGUAAGAGGACAGAAAUCGAAGAGGCCAACGGCAGCAGCGGCGGCCAGCAAUUGGAAUUCGCAUAUGAAAUGCACGUCAAUCCAGAUCUAUGGCUGAUCGGUGGACGGCGACGAGGCCACUUUACAGCGCAGGAGGGAGAAGACACCAAGUUUGCGUUGAUGCUGCUUCCGCAGAAAGCGGGUAAUUUGCUGCUACCGUCGAUUGAGAUCAAGGCAUAUCUGUCAGACGGGGCGACGACGACGACGACGACGACGACGACAUCAGCAUCAUUGACCGUUGGUAAUACUAAUAAUGCUGCUAAUAACAACAGCAACAAUGGACAGACCAACAGUCCUGCGUCGCCUUCGCCUUCGCCCUGGUCCGCACAGCCACAGCGACGCCCAGUACCUAGCGAAGUCGACUACAAGAACCACGGCGAAACGCUGCUGGUGUUGCCAGACCUGAAAAAGACGACAGUGAGUCUAGAGUCUGGCAGCCCGGGACUGAUUGAGUCGGAGGCGCGACUGGCUGUUUGA